AUGGGAGACAAGGCCGACGUUCUCAUAAUUGGUGCAGGUCUAGCAGGGCUCACUGCUGCAAAUUGCUUCAACGGUAGCAAGAAUCUCCGUGUACGAGUGAUUGAUAAAAAUCCAGGCACAAUCGAGAGAGGAAAGGCCGAUGGACUUAAAAGCAUCUCUCUGGAGGUUCUCGAUACGUUAGGUAUUGGGGAUGCCAUCCGCAAUGAGUCGCAUCGAGUGGAAGAAAUUGCCCUCUGGGAGCCAGAUAGCGAAGGAGGCCUUGUUCGAUCCAUGACGGUGCCGGAUCGAGUUCCGGAACUGCAAAAGCCUAGAGAGGUGACACUGGACCAAGGUAGGAUCGAGCAUCAUAUGGUAGCAGCUCUACAUAGACAUGGUAACGUGGAGGUGUCAUGGAAGAAGCGGCCGAUCGGCCUGCGCGUUAAUAUUGAAGCUGUCGAGGAACCUCUUGCGUAUCCUGUCACGGUCGCGAUAAGGGAUGUGGAUGACGAUAUUGCACCGCCAGAGAUUAUCCAAGCUCGCUACCUAAUUGCCUGUGAUGGAGCUCAUAGCUGGACAAGGAAACAUCUCAACAUUCCCCUCGUGGGGGAUCUCACUGAUUCUAGCUGGGGAGCCAUAGAUACUGUUCCCAAGACCGACUUUCCUGAUACUCGCAAGGUCUGCGUGAUUCGUUCAGCGCAAGGUACGGUGAUGGCUAUACCUCGCGAGGGUAAACUGGUUCGGUUGUACGUUGGGAUGGACGGAACUGGGCUUGACGUCGCGGGCGGGUUAGAUGCCCGCGCUUUCACCGUUGACCAUGUUAUAGACUCGGCACGCUCUCUCAUCUCUCCAUAUAUGUUCGAGGCUGGCCAUGUGGCGUGGUGGUCCGCCUACCAGGUUGGCCAACGUGUUGCAGAAGAGUUCUCCAGAUAUGACCGUGUGUUCCUUGCCGGAGAUGCUGUUCACACACACUCUCCAAAAGCAGGCCAGGGGAUGAAUACCAGUAUUCAGGAAGCCUAUAAUAUCGGCUGGAAGCUUCGUUUCUACCUUGAACAACCUUGUUCUCCAUCGCUUUUAUCGACAUACGCGCACGAGCGAAGGCCCAUUGCUCAGCAAUUGAUCAACUUUGACCGGGAGUAUCUCCAGAUAAUGGCUACACCGAACCUUGAUUCUGAUAGCUUCUUGUCUGCAUUUCUGCUCGCCAUGAAGUUUACUACAGGAAUUCGGAUUCAGUACCCCCGAUCGUUAAUCGUAAGGCCCCCUCCACAGGUGGGAGAGACCACAGCUGUCGCUACAGGUCUAUCACCCGGCAUGCGUCUACCAGACUUCCAAAUAGUUAAUCAGGCAGAUGGAGUCCCCAGUACUGCUCAUCAUCGGUUUGUUAUGACUGGUAAAUUCCGCCUCUUGAUUCUUGCGGGGAGCAUUUCGAAAGGACACAUCCUUCGAAGAUUAUCGGCAUUCGGACAGUGGUUGGCGACGUUUCAACAAAACCAUUCGGGCACGGAAGCUAUCACGAUCCAUUCGGCCCGACGAGGAGAUAUUGAAUUAAUGGAUCUACCAGAUGUCUUUCAUCCUUGGAGCGAUCAGUACGGCUGGGACUACUGGCGAGUCUAUGCUGACGAUGAGAGUUAUCAUGAUGGCUGUGGAGAAGUCUAUAAGCGUUGUGGUGUUGAUCGAGACAAUGGAAGUGUGGCCGUCGUCCGUCCGGAUGGUUAUAUCAGUCUGAUCUGUGAUCUGGAGCAGGCAGAUCAGAUUAGGCACUUUUUUGAUAACCUCGGGCCGCUGGGUUCAACAGUCGUGGCUCGUCAUGCCCGGCUUUGA